UUCCACUCCUCAAGCCUAAAUAUAUGACCUUUUCUUCUUCCCUACCAGUAAAUUAUUCCAGUCAAUAUGAUUAUCACUCAUUUAGAACAAGUAAUUCAUGAACAAUUCUUAUCUAAUUCCGAUCUAUCGUAGAUUUAUCGGAAAAAAAAUAUUUACAAUGAUGUCGAAUUAAAUAAAAAAAUUAUGUUAUUCAUAUUACUUCUUUUCUCUACUUGUGCAAAUCUCUAAUUCUCUCUAAUUUACUACAUUGUGUUGAGUUUUCUAUUGUUUCUUUUUUCCAUUGCUUGUAAAGAUUAAAGGUUCAUUUUGUAUAUUUCAAAAAGUUCUUCAAAAAUAAAUAGAUAAAUGGGUCGUGUAAAACUUCCAAUAAAAAGAAUAGAAAAUAACACAAAUCGACAAGUUACAUUUUCAAAACGAAGAAAUGGACUCAUUAAAAAGGCGUAUGAGCUCGCUGUUCUUUGUGAUAUUGAUAUUGCCCUUAUCAUGUUCUCUCCUUCUGGUCGUCUCAGUCAUUUUUCCGGCAAGAGAAGGAUCGAAGAUGUAAUUGCCAGAUACAUAAAUUUGGCAGAACAUGAUCGAGGAUGCGAUGUUCAAAAUCGAGAGUAUUUGUUCAACACCCUUAAGAAACUCAAGACUGAAACUGACAUGGCCCUUCAAGCUGCCAACAGUCCUGAUGCUGCAAAAUCAAAUGUGGAGGAACUUCAGCAAGAAGUUUGUAAUUUACAACAUCAGGUUCAGAUGGCUGAGGAUCAAUUAAGGAUAUAUGAGCCUGACCCUCUAGGUUUGACAUCAAUGGGAGAACUUGAGUCAUGUGAGAAGAACCUUUUGGAUGUAAUGGCACGUUUAGAAGAUAGAAAGAAAUAUCUUUUGACUAAUCAUGCAUCUACCUAUGAUCCAUCAACUGUACAGAUAUACUUGGAUACACAAGAAGGGAUGCCCAAUUUCCAAAAUGAGAUGGCAAAUUGGUUGCCAGAAAAUGGACAAAAUUCAAAUUCUGUAGGCCUAAAAUCUGAAUCUUCUUGUAUUCCUAUAAGUAAUCAAUCAUCAACAACAAUGUAUAACGGGGGAAAUGUAAAUGUGGAAGGUUGCAGCAACAACCAAAAUAAUGAAAACAUAGCAUCUUGGAAUCAAGCUUUCUCUUCAUUCUCUUCAACUGAACUUCUUGCUGCCUUCAUGCCUCCCAAUUCAUUUCCUCUAAUGAAGAAUGAUAUUGAAGGUCCAAGUUUUACAUCAAUGUUGCAGCAACAGCAGCAGCAGCAAACAGAAUGCCCACAACAAAUGAUUUCUAGCGGUGAAGAUUCAAACUAUGAGAGUUAUGAAGGAAAUAAGCUCUCACAGUUUAAUGUUGAAUCACACUUCCAUAAUGAUUGUUGAAACUUAAUAUAUAGUCUACUACUCUAAUAUAUUUUAUUACUUUUUCUACCCAAAUACAAUAUGUGUCAUUUCCUGAAUUUUAUAAGCUUAUGAUUUUUUCU